AUGAAUGAGGUGAAGCUUGCUGUCUUGGGUGGGGAAGGCACAGGCAAAUCUGCCCUUACUGUACGGUUUCUUACCAAGCGAUUCAUUGGAGAAUACGCUUCUAAUUUUGAAUCUAUCUAUAAUAAGCAUUUGUGUUUGGAAGGGAAGCAACUGAAUCUAGAAAUAUACGACCCUUGUUCUCAACCACAGAAAGCAAAAUUCUCCCUCACGAGUGAGCUUCAUUGGGCAGAUGGGUUUGUUAUUGUGUAUGACAUCAGUGACAGGUCUUCAUUUGCUUAUGCAAAAGCACUGAUCUACAGAAUUCGGGAGCCACAGACUAGUCAUUGUAAAAGAGCUGUGGAGUCAGCAGUGCUUUUGGUUGGCAACAAGCAAGAUCUCUGUCAUGUGCGAGAGGUUGGCUGGGAAGAAGGGCAAAAACUGGCAUUAGAAAACCGCUGCCAAUUCUGUGAACUUUCUGCAGCAGAACAGCCUCUGGAAGUAGAAAUGAUAUUUAUCAGAAUUAUCAAGGACAUCCUGACAAACUUCAAACUCAAAGAAAAGAGAAGACCCAGUGGAUCUAAAUCAAUGGCCAAAUUGAUCAAUAAUGUAUUUGGAAAGAGAAGGAAAUCUGUUUAG